AAGUCCUCCUUAGUGAAUGUACUAUUUAAUGGGAAAAAGUUAAUAAAUUAUUAAACAGUGCUUUCUAAGUUUAUGCUUAAUGGCAAUCAAAAUGUAAGUGAUACAGUAGUAAAGUGUGGAAGAGAUGGUGGUGGUAGGGAGAAGGCAUUUGGAGAGUUGUAUUCUUAGAGAUGACUCUAAUCCCAGCCCUGUGACAGCUUUGGCAAACUGUGAUGACUGAAGCAGGUUGUUGGGAAGCUUGCAGCCCUGACUUCCAUUGUAGGGGCACAGCAGGGGACUGCUGGAAGAGGACAUGAUGCCCAUUUCGUGCUCUCGCUUUGGGUGGCGUGGAGGAGCUGAGUGGCAGUAGCAGCAGCGUGGAUGUGAAGGAAGACUGUGAUGAGGAACGGCAGUUAAUUAGGAGGGAGGGACAAGGGAUCAAGUCUCAAUUAUCUUUGCUGCCCUAUUAAGAUCGUGUUGUAUGUUUGUUUCUGUAAUGCUGCUAGUAUUUGUGUAGGUGGUUCAUCAGAAGUGUAUUGAUAUUCCUCAUCAACUCAUUUCUGCCAAGAAAGGAAAGUUGAUGAUUGUCAAACAGCUUGCUAAAUGCUAAAGCAAGUCACUAAGUUCAGGGGGUUGGUCUCUUCGUACUUUUAUUUACAGUGUCUGCAGCCAGCUGAAUUGGGUCCAUUCACCAAAGCAAAAGGAAAUCCUUGUGUAUGUUAUGUUCUGUUAGCAGGAGGUAUGAAAAGGUAAUGUAAUUACAGAUAACAUCAAGGAAACCUUAAUUUCUAGUCCAUCGUUGGGUGGGGAGAAUGAGGUGUCUUACUGCUUUGACUGCAUAUCAAAUACUGCCUAGAGCUGAUAAAGUCCCAGACCAGCCAUAAAGCUAUCUACUCUCACAUUGGGUAUUUACUUUUAAGUACAAUGUCUUAUUUUUGUGAGUUUAUGUUUAUGUAUCUUGUUUUACAGAUUAAAACCCACCAGCAUAUGAAGAGCCUUCCUUACCAGUUCACCUUUCAACACACUGCAUCCUGAUACCUUGUCACAAGAUGCUUCAAUUCCAGUUCUUUUUGACAGUUGAUGUAUUUCAGACGGCGCCAGGCUUAGCUCUAUUGGAUGUUUUUACAGCGUCUUUGCAAGAAGGUUCCCUGCAGUCAGAGCCUCCAUUUGGAUGCGGCGCUCAGGGCUGUGAUUCAGCAGAGGUUGUUAGAGUUGGGGCAGUAUGGUCAGCUUGUGGUUGGACCUGAUGAUCUGAGGGUCUCUUCCAACCUGAGCAAUUCUAUGAUUCUGUUUAAAUGCAAAUGCUGGAGUUUAAAUUACACUUGUGCAAGAAUUUUUUUUUUCUUUUACAAUUCUGCUCCAUUUUAUUCGCACACUUUAACGUCUAUUUUUUAGUAUGAACACGAAGUAGAACUGCGUUCCACUGCACUGCAGAGCUGGUUUGUGGAAGAAGACAGUUCUAUGUAUUUAUUUUUGUUUUACGUGGGAACUUUUACAUAGUUGAAACUUGCAGGCUUUUCCCCAAUCACCGACUUCGGAAAUUCUCUUGUUGUAAAAGCUCUCCCAUGUGGAGGAGCCGUUCCUCGGGCGAAUCCGCCUCCCGCGGUGGUGGCUGCGCUCCGCCCGUUAUUUCGGCUCAGAGCCGCGCUCCGUACCGCCGUGCUGUGGCCGCCCGACCCGGCAGCCGCGCGGCGCUGGCCGAGGCUGGGGAGAAUUGGGCUGCGCCCCGCCUUGCGGGAAUCCGGUCUGGGGCUGAGAUCUGCCCGGCGGUAACGGUGCGACGCGGCCGGGACGAAGGCGCGCUCCCAGCUGUGACGUGGAGGCGACGUCAGGACGUGCGGCGCCGCGCAGCUCGCGGCACGGCCCGGGGGGCGGCGCUGAGGGCGGGGCGGAGCCUCGCGAUGACGUGCAGUGCAAACGAAUCCCGUAAGCGGGGCUUCAUUCCCGCUCCCGGGGUGCGGCGCGGCCCGUGACGUCACGUGACGCGGCGUGACACGACGUGACGUAACGUCGCCCGGCGUGGUCACGUGGCCGCGGAGUCUCUUCUCCCCCUCCAAACCGUCGGCGGGUCACGUGAGCGGCGCGGGGCUGCGGCGGCGCGGGGGCUGCCGGGAAGCGCGAGUGCCCGGCUGCGGGAGGAGCCGCGGCCCGGCAGGACGGGCGCAGGGCGGGCGGCAGCCGGAGCCGGGCCCAGGGCCGCCCGAGCCGACGUCGUCAGCCCACCCCGACCUCGUCUCGCCGCCAGCCCGGCCCCGGACCCCGCGAUGGAGCGGCGGGAGCCCUGGGGAGCCGCCGUCGCCUCCCGCCUGUGAGCCUCUCCUCCCGCCCCGGGCCUCGUCCCGCGCCGGCGGCCGGGCCUGCCCUCCGCUCCCUCGGGGCUCCUCGCACCCCUCCUCCUCUUCUUCCUCCUCCUCUCCGCCCGGCGGGCCGGUGGCGGCAGCCAGGAAAUGGUCCGGGCCUAGCGGAGCGGCGAACGGAGAUGUGGAAAUUAAGGUGACUUUGGUCCUUGCAGCGGGGCAUUACUUUUGCCUCCCUUAGCCUGCCUCUGAUCCUGCUAGGAAUUCUCACAUUUGCUCAGGCCUCCCAGGAAGAGGGAAAGGGAAAUUAUAGCAGGAUCCUGUUUAUAGCAGCAGCAACAUGAACCGUGAAGACCGAAAUGUGCUGCGAAUGAAAGAAAGGGAAAGGCGGAAUCAGGAAAUCCAGCAGGGUGAAGAAGCCUUUCCGCCCAACUCUCCUCUCUUUGCUGAACCCUACAAAGUUACCAGCAAAGAAGACAAAUUAUCUAGUCGCAUACAGAGCAUGCUUGGUAAUUAUGAUGAAAUGGAUGAUCUUAUAGGAGAUAGAUCGCUACCAAAGCUUGUUGGAAUUCCCAAACCUACUGUACCAUCAACAGCAGAUGAAAAAUCAAACCAAAGUUUCUUUGGUGAUCAGAGACAUAAUACUAGCUCACAUCAGAGUAGCAAAUGGACUCCUGUAGGACCAGCACCUAGCACUUCCUCACAAUCUCAGAAACGGUCCUCGGGUUUACAGAGCGGCCACAGCAGUCAGCGUGGCAGUGGCAAUAACACUAGCAGCAGUGGCCAGAGGCACGACCGUGACUCGUACAGCAGCAGCAGCAGUCGCAAAAAAAGCCAGCAUGGAUCAGAACACUCCAAAUCCCGUUCUUCCAGCCCUGGGAAACCACCUGCUGUUUCUUCAUUAAGCUCCAGCCAUUCGAGAUCUCAUGGAAGUGAUCAUCACAGCAAAGAACAUCAACGCUCAAAAUCUCCCCGGGAUCCGGAUGGCAACUGGGACUCUCCUUCACGUGUGCCCUCAUUUUCAAGUGGACAGCACUCUAAUCAGUCUUUUCCACCUUCACUUAUGUCCAAGUCCAGUUCAAUGUUACAGAAACCCACUGCUUAUGUAAGGCCAAUGGAUGGACAGGAAUCCAUGGAACCAAAGUUAUCCUCCGAACACUACAGUAGCCAGACUCACAGCAGCGGUGUGAAUGAGCUGAAGCCUAGUAGCAAGGCACAUCUAACCAAGCUGAAAAUACCAUCUCAACCACUCGAUGCAUCAGCAUCUGGUGAUGUGAGCUGCGUGGAUGAAAUUCUGAAAGAGAUGACCCAUUCUUGGCCUCCUCCACUGACUGCUAUUCAUACACCAUGCAAAACUGAACCAUCAAAAUUUCCUUUUCCAACAAAGGAGUCUCAACAGUCCAGUUUUGGCAGUGGAGAACAGAAACGAUAUAAUCCUUCAUCAAAAACAUCCAAUGGCCAUCAAUCCAAAUCAUGUGAAUCGAACCAGACAGAUAUGUUGAAAGAUGACUUAAAACUUAGCAGUAGUGAAGACAGCGAUGGAGAGCAGGACUGUGAUAAGACAGUGCCACGGAGCACACCUGGAAGUAGUUCUGAACCUUCACAGCAUAACAGUGAAGGAGCAGACAAUUCAAGGGAUGACUCCAGCAGCCAUAGUGGAUCUGAAAGCAGUUCAGGAUCUGACUCUGAAAGUGAAAGCAGUUCCAGUGAUAGUGAAGCUAAUGAACCGUCACAGAGUGCAUCCCCUGAGCCAGAGCCACCGCCAACAAACAAGUGGCAACUGGAUAACUGGUUGAACAAAGUUAAUUCACAUAAAGUGUCACCAGCUUCAUCUGUGGACAGCAAUAUCCCAUCCUCACAAGGCUACAAAAAAGAGGGACGGGAUCAGGGAACAGGAAGUGGGUACACUGAUCAAAGUGGAUCCAAGGACUCGAUUUCUUCAACACCUGGACGAGAUUCCAAACCCACCCAAAAGGGCUCAGAGGGCAGUCGUGGCAGGCAGAAAUCACCUGCCCAGAGUGACAGCUCAACACAGAGGAGGACUGUGGGUAAAAAGCAGCCCAAGAAAGCAGAAAAGACAUCUGUUGAAGAGCCUAGAGGAGGUCUUAAAAUAGAAAGUGAAACCCCAGUAGACAUGGCAACAAACAUACCUUCGAACAGGCAUAAGGCAGCCACUAAAGGUUCCAGAAAACCUAAUAUAAAGAAAGAGCCUAAAUCUUCCCCUCGGCCUACAACAGAGAAAAAGAAAUACAAGGCUUCAAGCAAAUCUGCCCAGAAAUCCAGGGAAUUCAUAGAAACAGAUACCUCAUCCUCUGAUUCAGAUGAAAAUGAAAGCCUGCCUCCUUCAUCACAAACACCCAAAUACUCCGAGAGUAAUAGGACUCCUGUUAAAUCUUCCAUGGAGGAGGAUGACAGCUUUUUUCGGCAAAGAAUGUUCUCUCCUAUGGAAGAGAAAGAGCUUCUUUCACCACUCAGCGAUCCUGAUGAAAGGUACCCACUUAUUGUGAAGAUUGACCUGAGCCUCUUAUCAAGAAUACCAGGGAAGCCUUACAAGGAUGCUGAUGUGCCCAAAGCAGAAAAGAAAAAUGUGCCAGAGAAGCAUGCAAGAGAAUCCCAGAAGCAGCCUUCUGACAAAAGUUCUACGAAAGGCAAAAGGAAACAUAAACAGAAUGAGGAUGAAAACAGAGCCAGUGAAAGCAAGAAAACGAAACUGGAAGAAAAAGCUCCAUCAGGACACAAGACUUCUAGCAGUAGGGAGUCUUUAAAACCAAGUGCUGUUAAAGAGAAGGAUUUACUGCCAUCUCCUGCUGCCCCAGUCCUUCAGAAGGAUUCCAAACAAGAGCACGGGUCCCGGAAGAGGACGGUCAGUCAGUCAUCAUCUUUGAAGUCCAGCAGCAAUGUUAGUAAGGACAGCAGCAGUGGCAGUAAAAGCAGCUCAUCUUCUAAACAGAAGAAAAUGGAGGGGAAAGGUUCUGGCAGUGCUAAAGAAACAAAGGAAAAGAUUCUGAACAAUUCAUUGAACUGCCCUCCUGUUUCUACUCCAUCUUCAGAGAACUCAAAGUCAAGAAGAGCAAAACUUGUUUUUGAUGACAGGACUUACUCAGCUGAUCAUUAUUUACAGGAGGCAAAGAAGUUAAAACAUAACGCAGAUGCAUUGUCUGACAGGUUUGAGAAGGCUGUGUACUACCUAGAUGCAGUAGUGUCGUUCAUUGAGUGUGGGAAUGCAUUGGAGAAAAAUGCUCAGGAAUCCAAGUCCCCGUUCCCUAUGUAUUCAGAAACUGUGGAAUUAAUCAAGUACACUAUGAAACUGAAGAAUUACUUGGCACCGGAUGCUACGGCUGCAGAUAAGAGGCUAGCAGUGCUUUGUCUUCGGUGCCAGUCUCUACUAUACCUAAGGCUUUUCAAACUGAAAAAGGAAAGUGCAUUGAAAUAUUCUAAAACUCUGACUGAACAUCUGAAGAAUUCCUAUAAUAAUUCUCAAGCACCGUCACCUGGUAUGGGAAGCAAGCCUGUUGGUAUGCCGUCUCCAGUCUCUCCAAAGCUGUCUCCAGGGAAUUCAGGAAAUUACUCUUCUGGGGCAGCCAACCCUUCAGGGAGCGGGUCUUCAGUGACGAUCCCCCAGAGGAUCCAUCAGAUGGCAGCCAGCUAUGUCCAAGUUACAUCCAACUUCCUCUAUGCCACUGAAAUUUGGGACCAAGCUGAACAGCUGUCUAAAGAACAGAAAGGCCUUUAUUUGAAGUACGGAUAAGAGUUCAGCUGUUGAGACUGAAAUGAGAUGGAAGCGUGAUCAACUUUAUGCGCUUGCCAGGUUGAAGGAUAAAUGUCUAAAGUCCACUGUGAAAUAAGCACUUCUGCUUGAAAUGCCUGAUGUGCUGUCACCAUACACUUUGGUCGCAGGAUGCAAGGAAAAAUCCAGGUAGCUUGCUGAAUAUAAAUUUUUAAUACACAGCUUAAAAAAAUAUAUAUAUGAACAAUUACAAAAAAAACCCAAAACAAACAUGAGAUGCAGAGUCCUUUUAUUGAGCUUGGCCAGAGUCAUCCUCAGUGCGUGCUGCAGAGGUACAGCCUCAGUGAGCAAAUGCUCUCCAUCUCUUUGAAGUCCUUUUACCAGUUCUUAUGACAGGAAAGUCGAAUGUAAUUUUUGCUGAUUUGCUGUCGUAGCUUCUGAGUGGUCAAUAAAUAUGUCACAAGUAGAGCUGAGCCGUGGUAGCAGUAACAGCGGCGGGUGUCCUCAUGGCAGGUCACUCGGAGGCCGUUCUAAGGAAGCAGCGGUUCUUCCUAGAGGACAAAACAUCAUCAGGCACUGACAGCUCAGACUGGCAGCCGUGCAGGGCUGAUACAGGUCUGUCUGGCCCUAGCAGUGCUCAUCUUACUCAGCUGUCGCAGUGGUGCUGCUGUGGAUCUCGCUGACUCAAUUCAGUUUGGCUUUAUUCAUUUUACGUUCUUUACUUUCUGUGGUAACUCAAUAGUAUGUGUUACUCAGGUCUAAAUAGUCAGAUAGUGGAGGACAGAUUAUACGUAAGGGAUGCCUUUCUGUCUAUUUAUCUUCCUGCUGUUACAGUUCAUCCAUGCUAGUCGGUAGAACCAAAGGAAGCAUUUCAAAUGCAUGCAAAAGAGGAGCCCGACUACCUUCUCCUGUAGCAUUUGUGUGUAGAUGAUGUGUGUGUUCUACUCCUCUUCCAUUUGCUUUCUGGCAGGACUACAGUAGGUGCCACACAAAAUCAGCUUUCAGUCACUAAGUAACUUCAGCAUCACUUUUUGUAUGUAUUUGGACAAUUUACUCACACCUAGCAUGCAUGGUACUGAGGAAUGUCAGCUUUAGUAUUUUAGCUCUCUUUGAGCUGAGAGCGUAAGUAGUCCCCAUUAAUUAAUAUAUGCUCUAAAGUGAACAAUAUUGGCCUUAAGAAGGAUUAAUUUUAAGGCCUCUU